AAAAGUUAUAGAAAGCGGGAGAGAAAGAAGAACACGAAGAUAUAUACAUACACAUAUAUAUAUAUACAAAAGAGAGAGAAGAACCUUCACCUACAAAUACAAAAGAUUUUUCUCCUUUUAUUCGUUCAUUCAUCAAAACAGAGUCUCAUAAACACAAAUUUCUUUCGUAAGCCAUAGUUUUCUCGAUCUCUCUUUGUUCAUCUUUUCUUCGAUUACCUUCAAUUUUCCUUCAUCGAUCCAUAAUUUUCCUUUUCUCAUUCGUUUUCUCGGGUUUUGAAUUGGAGCUGGUGAAUUGUGGAGAAUUGUGAAGUAUGAGUAUUGAUAGUCCUGGUGAAUGUGAAGAUUAGGUUUUUUUUUUGAAGGUUUUGAUAAUUGUGUAGUUGAAGGUUUCGAUGGGUGAUGGAGGUGUAGCGUGCAUGGUUUUGCAAAAGGAGGAGAAGCAGAAGCAGAAUGGUGUUGAGAAGUUGGAGAAUGCGGCGGCGGGGACGGAGGGGGUGAGUUGUGGAGGGAAGAGUGAGAAUGGUUUUGGUGGUGAGCUGGUUACGGUGAAUGAAAAGAAGAAGAAGAAGGUGGUGAAGGUGGUGAAGAAGAUUGUGAAAAAGGUGGUGAAGAAGAAAGUGAAGAAGGGUGGAAAUGUGAAAGGUGAAUUGGCGUUGGGUGGAGUGGGUAGUAAUGGUGUUGUUGUUAAGAGUGGCGAAAUUUGCGGGCAGGUGGAUGAUGAAGUGGAAGAGGGUGAAUUGGGGACUUUGUCGUGGCCGGGGAGUGGACUCGAGAAUGGGGAGUUUGAGUUUGAGAAGCCGCCGCUGCCACUGCCACCGCAGAGUAAUGAAAUUGAAAAUGGCGAGUUUGUUUCUGUGAAGCCGUCGCUGCCACCGCGGAAUAAUGAAAUUGAAAAGGGUGAGUUUGUGUCUGAGAAGCCGUCACAGCAGAUUAAUGAAAUUGAGAAUGGUGAAAUUGUGUCUGAGAAGCUGGGCCCUCCACCAUCACCAUCACUGUCACCACCACGACGGAGUAAUGAAGUUGAGAAUGGGGAUAUUGUUGAUGAGAGGUGGAAAAGAAGGCAGGUGGAGAAGGGAAGGGUUGACAAUUGGAGAAAAGGGGAGAUAGUUUCUGAUAAGGGGUGGAAAGGAGAAAAUGAGAAAGGGGCAUAUGGGUGGUGGAGAGGUGGUGUAAAGGGUGAUGAUGUUGAGAAGGGAGAAUUUAUUCCGGAUAGGUGGCAUAGGGGAGACACGGGGAAGGAUGAUUACGGAUAUGACAAAAUCAACAGGUACGAGUCAUAUAGAGACAAAGGGUGGAAAACUGAACGUGACCGUGAAUAUGACCGUGAAGGGUGGAAAACUGAAUAUGAUCGUGAAUAUGACAAUGAAGGGUGGAAAACUGAACGUGAUCGUGAAUGUACUUCGUCUUCUGGGAGGCAUGCAGGUAAUGAUUUUUAUAGGAAGAAGGAAUUUAAUAGAAGUGGGAGUCAGCAUGUGAAAAGUGCACCCAGGUGGGAAAAUGGACAAGAGAGAAAUAUAAGGAUCAGUUCAAAAAUUGUGGAUGAGGAGAGAAAUGAAUAUGAUGGUAGGAUUCAUGCACGGGAUUACUCUUCUGGAAGUCGUAUGAAGAGGCAUGGCAAUGAUUCAGACGGCUGGGAGCGGAAGCAGUAUGGAGAUUAUGCCGGUUUCAAAAGUCGAAGGCUAUCUGAUGAUGGAUCACGCCAAGUUUAUUCAGAGCACCAUGUUUAUUCAGAGCACCAUUCUCGUCAUUCUGUGGAGAGAUCUUACAGAAAUAGUUCUUCAAAGUUAUCUGUCGACAAAUAUUCUUCUAGGCAUCAUGAAUCUUCUUUGCCUACCAGAUUGGAUUAUGAUAAGCGUGGAUGCAGUCCUGGUUUUUCUGAACGAUCGCCACGUGACCGGGCUAGAUAUUAUGAUAAUAAAGAUCAUGCUCCCCGUCGUUCACCCUAUGGCCGUGAUAGAUCUCCAUAUAGCCGUGAGAAGUCACCCUAUGAUAAGCGUGGGUGCAGUCCUGGUUACUCUGAACGAUCACCACAUGACCGAGCUAGAUAUUAUGAUAAUAAAGAUCAUGAUCCUCGUCGGUCACCCUAUGGCCGUGACAGAUCUCCAUAUAGCCGUGAGAAGUCACCUUAUGAUAAGCGUGGAUGCAGUCCUGGUCAUUCUGAACGAUCGCCACGUGACCGAGCUAGAUAUUAUGAUAAUAAAGAUCACAACCCUGCCCGUUGCUCACCCUAUGGCCGUGACAGAUCUCCAUAUAGCUGUGAGAGGUCACCCUAUGAUAACCGGGGAUGCAGUCCUGGUCAUUCUGAACGAUCGCCACGUGACCGAGCUAGAUAUUAUGAUAAUAAAGAUCACGCUCCUGCCCGUCGCUCACCCUAUGGCCGUGACAAAUCCCAAUAUAGCCGUGAGAAGUCACCCUAUGGCCGUGACAGAUCGCCAUAUAGUAGUCACGAGAAAUCUCCACAUGAUCAUGAAAGAUCCCCAGAUGAUAGGAAUUGGGAUAGAAGUCGUCACCGCGAUCACAAAUUAAGAAGUCCUACUCAUGCUGAGCGGUCCCCACAAAGUCGAGGUCGACAUAAUGGUUGCAGGGAUCAAACUCCAAAUUUAAUAGAGCAAUCCCCACUUGAUCGAACGAGACAAAAUAUUGAUCGAGAAACAAGUAUUAAAACCUUGUCAAGUGAAAAACGUAACUCACAAUACAGCUGUAAAAAUCCUGAAAACAAGAAUAUUCAAAAGGAGCCAAAUCUUUCAGGUAUAGAAUCUCAAGGUGAAAGAUAUGUAAAUGAUGCCAAUGGGUCUGUUGAGAGAGGUGUCUGCAAUGAAUUAAAAAAGGAACAAAAGUCCUGCAGCCCGGCUGCAAACUGCAAAGGCUCUCCUUGCUUGCAGUUACCUCCUGAGGAGCAGCCUUUUAUGGAAGAAGACAUGGAAGAAGACAUGGACAUAUGUGAUACUCCUCCACAUGUUCCUGUGGUUUCUGAUUCAUCAUCAGGAAAAUGGUUUUACCUUGAUUAUUUUGGUGUAGAACACGGUCCUGCUAAAUUAUCUGACAUCAAGGUUCUUGUUGAUGAUGGUGUUCUAAUGCCGGAUCAUUUUAUUAAGCACAUAGAUAGUGACAGGUGGUUGACUGUUGAGAAUGCAGCAUCACCACUGCCAGCUCAGAGUUUUCCAUUGAUUGUGUCAGAUUCCAUAACCCAGCUUGUAAAUCCUCCAGAAGCUCCAGGUAAUAUUUUGUCUGAUUCUGGAGAUAUUCUUCAAUCUGGACCUGAGAAUUAUCAGAAAGGGCAAACCCCUUCCCUGCAGUCAACGUUAUCCUCUGAUGACAGUGUGCUUGCACCUGAGCGGUCGGAGGACCUGCACUUUGAUGAGAGGGUUGGUGUUCUGUUAGAGGGGUAUGAUAUCAUUCCUGGAAGGGAGCUUGAGGCAAUAACAGAAGCUUUGCAAAUGAAUUUUGAAUAUGCAAAGUGGGACGAUAUGGGAGACUACAAAGGUUUUUUUGGGUCUGAGACUUGCCUGGGAAUGGACCUUGAUUCAAAAAUUGAUUUUGCAGCAAGCGAGCAUGAGAUUAUGCCCUCCGACAAGGAUAAUGACAUUACCGUUGGUGUUCCUGAUGACUGGUUUUCUGCUCGAUGGUCAUGCAAAGGGGGUGACUGGAAGAGGAAUGAUGACUCCCAAGAUAGAUACUGGAAAAAGAAACUGGUCCUAAAUGAUGGGUUUCCAUUAUGUCAAAUGCCUAAGUCUGGAUGUGAAGAUCCUCGGUGGUCUAGGAAUAAAGAAUUGUAUUAUCCAUCUCACAGCAGGAAGCUUGACAUUCCUCUUUGGGCUUUUUGUACUGAUGAGUUGGUUGAAUCCAGUGGUGCUGUGAGCAGACCAGUUCAAAGUAAGUUUGCUUCUGUUAGAGGAGUGAAAGGAAAUGUUCAUUCAGUGGUCAGGAUAAAUUCAUGCGUGGUCAAGGACCAGGGAUCAUUGGUCUCUGAGUCACACCGCAAGACCCAAGGUAAGGAUAGAUAUCAUUCAAGGUUAGCCCGGCCUUUCUCUUCAACCAGGGAUAGCAAGAGAUCAUCAUCUGAAGAAGGUUCCUACUCAAAAACUGUUAAUGAUCAAGAUUCUCAAGCCUAUUGCAAGAGUGUAGAAUUUGUCAAUAUUUCUCAAGACCAUCUCUGUACUGUCCAAGACUUGCAGUUGCAUUUAGGUGACUGGUAUUAUCUUGAUGGUUCGGGGCGUGAAAGAGGGCCUUCAUCGUUUUCAGAUCUACAGUCUUUAGUAGACCAAGGUAUUAUAAAGAAGUAUAGCAGUGUGUUCAGGAAAUGUGAUAAACUCUGGGUUCCUGUUACCUCUUCCACAGAAACUUAUGAUGUCAGUGUCAAGAGCCACCAAGAAAGCAGUUCAGUGUCUGGUGAAUUUUCUGGACAUCAAUCAGGGCAAUCUCAAGAUGUUUCAUUUGUUGAACCUCGUUCAAAGUCAAAUAUGUUUAACAUCUUAUACCCACAGUUUGUUGGUUAUACUCGUGGGAAACUACAUGAAUUAGUAAUUAAAUCAUAUAAGAGCCGGGAAUUUGCAGCAGUAAUAAAUGAGGUUUUAGAUCCUUGGAUCAAUGCAAGACAACCAAAGAAGGAAAUUGAAAAACAAAUAUAUUGGAAAUCAGAAGGUGACACACAUGCUUCCAAAAGAGCUCGAGUGCUGGUUGAUGAUAGUGAUGAAGAGGGUGAUUUUGAAGAUGGUAGCUUUAUUAUUGAGAAUGAUGAAUCCACUCUUGAGGCUCUGUCUGGUGAUGUUACUUUCUCUUCAGAAGAAAGUGGUGUUACUGUUUACAAGGAGGGAAGGUGGGGCUUAUUGGAUGGUCGAAUGUUGGCACGAGUCUUCCACUUCUUGAGGUCUGAUUUGAAGUCCCUCGUCUUUGCAUCCAUGACAUGCAAGCAUUGGAAAGCGUCUGUAAGGUUUUACAAAGAAGUCUCGAGAAAUGUCAACUUUUCAUCCCUUGGUCAUUCUUGCACUGAUUCCAUACUGUGGAACAUUGUGAAUGCUUAUGAGAAAGACAAAAUCAAAUCUAUGAUUCUAAUGGGUUGCACCAAUAUUACUCCUGACAUGCUAGAGAAAGUUCUUCUCUCAUUUCCCGGUCUAUCUACAGUAGAUAUUAGAGGGUGCAAUCAGUUUGAGGAGCUGACUCCUAAAUAUACCAAUGUGAAGUGGAUCAAGAGCCGGAAUUCACGCAUAACUAAAAUUACAGACGAGCCACAUAAAACCAGAACUCUGAAACAGAUUACUGACCAAUCUUUGUCCAUUUCUAAAGCCAGUAGUUUGAAUAAUAAGGAUGAUUUUGGUGAGCUGAAGGUUUAUUUUGAUAGUGUGGACAAGAGAGACUCGUCGAAGCAAUUUUUCCGUCAAAACUUAUACAAGCGUUCAAAGUUAUAUGAUGCUAGAAAGUCCUCUUCUAUUCUCUCUAGAGAUGCUCGUACAAGACGAUGGUCGAUUAAGAAAUCUGAAAGUGGUUACAAAAGGAUGGAGCAGCUUCUCGUAUCAAGACUGAGGGAAAUUAUGAAGGCAAAUGCUUGUGACUUUUUUGUGCCCAAGGUUGCAGAAAUUGAGGCUAAAAUGAAAAGAGGUUAUUACAGUGGGCAUGGGUUGAGCUCUGUAAAGGAGGACAUAAGCAGAAUGUGCCGUGACGCAAUGAAGGCAAAGAAUCGUGGUGAGGCUAAUGAAAUGAAUCAUGUUAUCUCAUUAUUUAUUCAGCUUGCAACACGGUUGGAGGAGAGUUCUAAAUAUGUGAAUGAUAAAGAUGCACUAUUGAAGUUAUGGGGAAAUGAUUUACCCUUGGUGUUCUGUUCUACUUCCUCCAAGUACAAGAAGAAUAGAUUAGUGACUGAGAGAAAGUAUAGGAGUGAUGAAAUACAUGUUGGUUUGGAUAAUGGAGACUUUGCUUCUGAUAGAGAAAUCAGAAGGCGUUUAUCGAAAUUGAAUAAGAAAUCUAUGGAUUCAGACAGCGAGACGUCUGAUGACCUUGAUGUGUCUUCUGAAGAUGGCAAUACUGAUGAUGAUACUUCAUCCUCCAAUACUGAUAGUGACCAAGAAGUUCAUUUAGAGAGUCGAACCAGGGAGUCAAAAGGAAAUGGAUACUGCCCACCUAAUGAUGGGUUGGAUUUCAUUAGUGAUGAACGUGAAUGGGGAGCUCGCAUGACAAAAGCAAGUCUGGUUCCUCCUGUUACUCGGAAAUAUGAUGUCAUUGAUCAAUAUGUCAUUGUAGCUGAUGAGGAUGAUGUGCAAAGGAAGAUGCGGGUUUCAUUACCAGAUGACUAUGCAGAGAAGUUGACUGCACAAAAGAAUGGCACUGAUGAGUCUGAUAUGGAACUGCCUGAAGUCAAGGGUUACAAGCCUAGAAAAAAUCUUGAAAAUGAGGUCAUUGAGCAAGAGGUUUAUGGAAUUGAUCCCUACACACAUAAUCUUUUACUUGAUUCUAUGCCAGCUGAGUUAGAUUGGUCUCUACAAGAGAAACAUGUGUUUAUAGAAGACACACUCCUUCGGACAUUGAAUAUGCAAGUUAGGCAUUUUACUGGAACUGGAAGCACUCCAAUGAGUUACCCCUUGCAGCCUGUUAUCCAAGAGAUUGAAAGGUGUGCAGAGGAGCACUCUGACACAAGAAUGAUCAGUAUGUGUCAAGGUAUCCUAAAAGCCAUGGACAAACGUCCUGAUGACAAAUAUGUAGCUUAUAGAAAGGGACUUGGUGUUGUUUGCAACAAAGAAGAAGGCUUUGGUGAAGAUGAUUUUGUUGUUGAGUUUCUUGGAGAGGUGUAUCCUGUGUGGAAGUGGUUUGAGAAACAAGAUGGGAUACGAUCUCUGCAAAAAAAUAGCAAAGAUCCAGCACCAGAAUUUUACAACAUAUACCUUGAGAGGCCAAAGGGUGAUGCUGAUGGUUAUGACUUGGUUGUUGUUGAUGCCAUGCAUAAGGCUAAUUAUGCCAGUCGAAUAUGUCAUUCAUGCCGACCUAAUUGUGAAGCAAAAGUUACUGCUGUUGGUGGUCAAUAUCAAAUCGGUAUUUAUUGUGUUCGCAAAAUUCAGCAUGGCGAGGAGAUCACUUUUGAUUACAAUUCUGUUACAGAGAGCAAGGAGGAAUAUGAAGCAUCAGUCUGUUUAUGUGGAAGCCAAGUUUGCCGUGGGAGCUAUCUAAAUCUGACUGGUGAAGGGGCUUUCCAAAAGGUACUGAAGGAGUGGCAUGGAAUUCUUGAUUGCCAUUAUUUGAUGCUAGAAGCUUGUGAAGUAAACUCCGUUUCUGAAGAGGACUAUAAUGACUUGGGAAGAGCUGGUUUAGGCAGUUGUUUGCUCGGAGGCUUGCCAGAUUGGCUAGUUGCUUAUGCGGCUCGCCUUGUGAGAUUUAUUAACUUUGAAAGAACGAAGCUUCCCGAGGCAAUUCUAAAGCAUAACUUGGAAGAAAAAAGGAAAUAUUUUUCAGAAAUAUGUCUUGAAGUUGAGAGGAGUGACGCAGAGGUUCAGGCCGAGGGUGUGUACAACCAGAGGCUUCAGAAUCUUGCAGUCACUCUUGAUAAGGUAAGAUAUGUUAUGAGAUGUAUUUUUGGCGAUCCAAUAAAAGCUCCGCCGCCUCUUGAGAAGCUCAGUCCUGAAGCAGUUGCUUCGUUCCUCUGGAAAGGAGAGGAUUCAUUUGUUGAGGAGCUUCUUCAGUGCAUGACUCCUCAUGUGGACGAAUCUACCUUGAAUGAUCUCAAGUCCAAAAUUCGUGCCCGUGAUCCUUCGAGUUCUAAAGAUAUUCAGAAAGCGGUUCAUAAAUCUCUGUUGUGGUUGAGAGACGAGGUUCGGAAUCUUCCUUGUACAUACAAAUGUCGGCACGAUGCUGCUGCUGACUUAAUCCAUAUCUAUGCUUAUACCAAGCACUUCUUUAGAGUACUGGAUUAUAAAACUAUAACUUCACCACCUGUCUAUAUUAGUCCACUUGACUUAGGUCCUAAGUGUGCCGACAAGUUGGGAGCAGGGUUUCAGGAGUAUCGGAAGAUAUAUGGUCAAAAUUAUUGUUUAGGGCAACUGAUAUUUUGGCAUAAUCAGAGUGACGUGGAGCCUGAUUGUACACUGUCUAAAGCCAGCAGAGGUAGCUUGUUAUUGCCAGACAUCAGUUCCUUUUACGCCAAGACUCAUAAGCCUUCAAGGCAACGUGUUUAUGGUCCAAAGACUGUCAGAUCUAUGUUGGCAAGAAUGGAAAAGCAUGCCCAAAGACCUUGGCCCAAAGACCUGAUUUGGUCAUUCAAAAGUAGUCCUAAAUUUUUUGGUAGCCCAAUGUUAGACGCUGUAAUUAACAACACUUCACUGGAUAGAGAGAUGGUUCACUGGUUGAAGCACAGACCUGCUAUAUUCCAGGCUAUGUGGGACCAGUGAAAUUUUGCAUGUUAUGGCUGAAGAAGACAGAACCAUUCUGGUCAAACCUUUGUGGUUCAUCAUCCGGAACUGCCUGCCUCUUUUAGCGUGGGGAGUUUGUAUAUUAAUCUAAAUCAUAAUUCAUCUCUUUUUCAGUCAUUAUUGUGUACAGUUAGUUUUUUUUAACCUUUGAUUUGUAAUUCAUUUGGUUGUAGGAUAUUAUUUAGUCUUAAUACAAAAGAAAUGAAGAAGAAAAAAAAAGUUUAAUUCAAGGCA